GUAAAAGCCACUAGCCACUGAAACUAGAACGGCUGUUUUCCAACCUACCAGUCUAAUACCUAACACCUAACAUCCAUAGUACUGUACAAUCCUUUCGCUGUUCUGGCGGCUUUAUUCACCUGUUUACCACCAACACUACCUGCACUACCUGCACUACCUACAUUCUACACUACACUACUACCAAAACACAAACCAACGGACAACUUGCAAUUGGGACCCUCGAUCGACCGGACUCGAUAGGACGUCACUCGAACCGCGAAAGUCUUAUCACAAUCAUUCGGCACGUUUUUUUUUUAAUCUAGUAAACUCGAUGACAUUCUGGCGUCAAGGUUGUCGUUGGUCGUGCAUCUGAUGCUGCUGCACGGCGUCUUCGCCCUUCCUUCGCUCCGCUGAAGCAAUCUCCCUUGAAUCCCCUUUCGCAGCAAUGGGUGGUUUCGACAACAACAAAUCGUCUGAAUUGGGCCGCGGCUCAUCUCUUAGAGCAUCUGUAAGAUUUUCUAAUGUUCCGGCCGACGACGAUGAUUACGACCUUCAGGCAAUGGGAAUUGCGGAUGGGUUUCGCCCUGUAGAAGUCCAACAUAACGAUCCCUCGAGACCCUCGUCGACACAACAGGACGUUCCCAUUUCGCAAAUACCACCGCCACGACCUUCGAGUAUCACAAAACCGCAUCGACGGGAAGAAUCUUUGUCUCUACAACACGAUGGCUCCUCUACUGAACCCGAUAGCGAUAGAACGCCAAGUAGAGUCUCGACGGUCUCGACGGCUUCCCCCUUUGUCGACCCCGAAGAUUCCUAUGAAGGCCCAUCUGGUCCAUCGCAUCCCUACCAGAUGUACCCACAAGAUGUACGAGUAGCACGAACAGCCAGUCUAGCGACCACAUCAACAGCACCAAUCUCUGAACGGUCAUACAAUGGUCCACGCGGGCCGGCGCAUCCGUACAGCAUAUACCCGCAAAACACAAUCCCGGAAGCAGAUGGAAUGCGUAAUCGAACCGCGCAGGGGGAAAUUAAUGUCGGGUUUCCUGGGACAACGGACAAUUAUCAACGAAGAAUUGGACCAGAUGGAGAAGACGUGGCGGAUCUAAUUGGCCCCGACGGUCAUACAGAACAAUUACCACCUUACACGAGAUACCCAGAGGAAACGUACAACAGAAAAGCACUAGGAAUAGAAACACCUCAACCGGCGCCUGUGCAACCGAUGUUGGCCAUCCCAGGUGCCGGAGGUAUUGGAGUAGCCACCCGGAAUCCGGAAUUCGCGUCCACAGAAGACUUAGGCAACCUGAACUCGCCUCAAUCCCGACAAUCCGUUCGGAGUUUCACGUCCGACGGCAGUCAACGCGAACUAACCGCGGCUACUCGGCCAGACAAAGAAGAAGUUACAGAUGAGAAAAGAUUGUCCAAGGAUUGGCAAACAACGGCCAAGAGGCGAGUCUGGGGUAUUAUCCCUUGUUGGGCCAUCAUUCUCGCGUCUAUUGUCCUUGUGUUGAUGGGAGUAAUUCUUGGUGCUGUCAUUGGCACGUUGGCCAACCCUCAUGUGAAAAAACCUCAGCCUCCAGAUAGGCCACCAUCACCAGUAAUAUCUCCCGGUAAUUGGGAUACACAACCACUCAGUACCCUCCCUCCCGAUUUACCGCCCCUACCGGAGGGCAAUUUUUCUAUGUUUUUGGGCAGGAAUAAUCGAAUAUCUAAUACCUGCUUUAGCGACCCAACGCUAGCCCAAGCGUGGAGUUGCGAUCUCACAUUUUCCCAACUUGCUAUGUCAAUAAAAAAACUAACCGGCCAACCAAAUAUAUCCGAUUAUUCCUUCGGGUUCUUGUAUAAUGAUUCGUCCAGUUUAAAGAACAACGUCUACUCUUACGGGGUGCAACCACCCGAUAUCACUGACAUGAAGCUGAAACUUGUCAGUGAUGUCAACGAGGCUUCUCGAGGUCCAGCAUGGAACUUCGAGGUAGGCUAUAAUAAAACCGUCAUCGUCCCCGAACCAUUCAUAUCAGCUGGCUCAGCCUCACCCUCGUCGAGUCAGAAGCGCCGUCGAAUGCUAUUUGGUGGCGACUUCAAAAGGAAACAGGCCCAAAUCGGCGAACAGCCAUGGAUUUGUCAUUGGGAUAAUACCAUCAUGGAAGCAUUUAUCUAUGCGGGCCAAAAUAACAGCUAUAGCCACCCAAUGGACCCAGGUCAAAUUACGAAUGCUCCCACUGCGUCGGGUAGCAACGGUGGCGGUGGUCCGGCUCCGACACCCACUCCUGGAGCAGCGGACGCAGGAAACGGCGGCGAAUUUGGGGGGCCAUCGCAAGGACCGCAUGGAGAUCCUCAGGACUUCCACACUUCUGCUUCGGCUAGCGAUGGAGCUGCCACAGCGACUUCCGCUUCUCCCCCAGCACCCUCGUUCGACAAAGGCCUCCCCAUGCCUUUUAGCCCCGCGCCGAUAUAUCCGCGAGUUGUGAAAGUUGAAGAGCGUCGUAAUAGUGCUUCAACGUCGACUAAGCCGUGGUGUCGUAAGGUUCGAAUUGUUGGUGAUAAUCAGGAGGCGGUGCCGGUUUUGGACGCGAACCAGAACCCGAUCGAAAUCUAUAUCAACGAAAACGAAGGCGGUGAUGAUGAUGAUUCAGGGGAAUCAAAACGAAACGAUUUUGACCAUUAUCUUGGAAUCCGAAAUAGUGCUAAAGGCACCGAUAUGAGCGAAUGUGGUUGUAUAUGGUGGCUCUCCUGAACGCCGGAACCUUAUGCGAAGUAUCGAGAGUUCUCGCGCUUCGUGUGUAUUUCAAGUGAAUAAAGCGAAAAUACCAAUCUAUUACUGUAUAUAGCAUCACAUUCUUAUUUUUUGGUUUUCUUGCGAGACAGCGCAUAUAUGUUCCGGCGUUCAGGAGAGACGAGAUGAGCUUCGCUCAGACGGGUUAUUUAUUGUCCAAGUUUGAAAGGAAAAAAAUUAGCGCGGAUAGUUUUCUUGCCCUUCCCCCCUAUUUUUUGUUUUGGCCAUGGACUGCGUAUCGCAGCCUGACGACGCGUGUUUUGGGGGGAGGGGCUUUCGGCGUUUUGGGUAUACACGAUGGAAGGGAAAUCAAACUGCUUUUCCUUUCGGUAUCGUGUUAAUAGGAUCGGCAUAUUCCUUUUCCUCAUCGUCAUCGUCGUCCUCAUCAUCUAUUGUUAUAAAUGUCUAGGGAUGUUAUGUUAUUGGGUUGUUAUAUAUAGGUCUAUAUAUACAUAUACAUAUAUAGUGCAUAUAUCAAGAUACCUCAUGGCCUCACGCUGCGUAUGAUCGCUUAUGGGUAUCGUGGUUAUCUGUAUUUGUAGUGAUGUUUGGGUAGGUAGGUCUGAGAUACUUUAGAUGAUUUCAAUAUACGAGGUACAGAUUAA